AUGGACGGGGAAAGAGGUGCAAAAAAAAUGGAUAUUUUUACCACCGGCUAUUACAAGCGAAAUCGAAUUUUCAUGAUAACAGUUGGAAUUUGGCCGGAAUCUUCGAAAUUUUCAAAAAAUUUUGCACGCACUCUUGUCUUGAUAAUCUCGUUUAGCAUGUUGUUACCUCAGGUAUUACUCGGUCUUCAAUCAAUUUCUUAUAUUACUGCACGUACGGAAAAAUUUCAUUCAAAAACCUUGCGCAACGUGUCUCCGAUCAUGGUAAGCCUAGGAAUGUUUCAGAUAGAAAUGGAAAUAAAUCGCAUGCGAGAGGAUUGGCUCAUAUUGAGGGAAACACCUGCAUUCGGUAUUAUUCAUCGUUAUGCCUUGAGAGGGGCCCUUGGGACGACAUUGUACAUGGUUUUCGUAUUCUCUGCAUCUACACUAAUAUUUUUCCUCCUCCCAUUGGAACCGAUAAUUCUCGAUAUAGUGAUACCUCUCAAUGAAUCAAGAUCUAAAAUAUAUGCAUUCGACUCUGACUACUCUAUCUACGGUAUAUCCACAGACGAUCAUUAUUAUUUCACUCUCAUUCAUAGUUUAGCCAUUGGGCUAAUUCUGGCGGAUGCAAUAGUCUCCAUUGAUACUUUUGUUCUAAUAGCCGUAGAACACUGUUGUGGAUUGUUUGAAGCCGUGGGUUAUUUAUUACAAGAAAUGCAUGAAGAGCAUUCUCCAUGGUGCCAAAAUCAGAUAAUUCGCAAAGCUAUAUUUGUGCAUAAGCGAGCGAUUUCAUUGGCAGAACACAUCGAAUCUUCCUUUACAAUGAUGUUUGGUUUUGUAGUUUUAAUCAAUAUGAUAUUAAUCAGUAUAACGGCGCUUCAAGCCAUGCUGGAGAUAAAUGAGCUUGCUAAAAUGGCCAGAUUCCUGGUUUUCACUGUGGGACAAAUAACGCAUUUAUUGUUCUUAAGCAUACCAGGACAAGAGUUGUAUGAUCACAGUAGUCGUGUUUUCAGAACCAUUUACGACAGCCACUGGUUUGAAAUGUCAACACAACACCAAAAGAUAGUUCACAUCAUGCUAAUGCGAAGUAUGAAGCCUUCAUUGAUGACAGCCGGCAAGUUCUAUCACAUGAAUGUAGAAAAUUUCAAAAACAUAUUACAAGCGUCAAUGUCGUACUUCACGGUAUUCCUAUCAGCCCGAUGACCACCAGUUCAUCAAAGUCAAC